GCCGCGGCGGAGGGUGUCGCGCUACCCUGCUCGCGCCGACUCGCCCGCGGGUCGGCGCGCUAGCCCAGCCGCGCGGUGCUCGGGGCUGCGGGGAAGCACGCUCAGACGCCACCUGGGAAGCGGAGAGACAGCUGGUCCCAGCUUCGGGAUGAGGAGCGGGCGAAGUUGACGAACCCCGCCACCGCCACCCCUGCGGCGCCUCUCCCGCGCUGCCCUCUGCAAGGAGGUGACCGCGCACGGCCCCACUCCAGGGGCUGCAGCGAGAGGUCUGUCGCGCUCGCGUCGUUUGCCAAAGGAGCCGCCUCGGGGAGAAGACUCUGAGGGGAGUUGUCUCCCCGGGGGAUACCUGCAGCCCGGGCGGGGGAUUUAGGCGGCCUGGAUGCCCAGGACGCAGCCCCGCGGCCGCUGACGCCCGGCGGCGGCGAAGUUUGGCUGCUGAGCGGCGCGGCGCGAGGCCACUGGACAGCGGGCGACCCGGCGGCCGGGGCGGCGGGCGCGAUGCCCGUGGGGGGCCUGUUGCCGCUCUUCAGUAGUCCGGCGGGCGGCGGCCUGGGCGGGGGGCUCGGAGGCGGCGGCGGCGGCAGCAGCGGCAGGAAGGGGUCGGGCCCCGCCGCCUUCCGCCUGACGGAGAAGUUCGUGCUGCUGUUGGUGUUCAGCGCCUUCAUCACGCUCUGCUUCGGGGCGAUCUUCUUCCUGCCCGACUCUUCCAAGCUGCUCAGCGGGGUCCUGUUCCACUCCAGCCCCGCCCUGCAGCCGGCCGCCGACCACAAGCCCGGACCCGGGGCGCGCGCCGAGGACGCGGCGGAGGGGCGCGCCCGGCGCGGCGAGGAGGACGCUCCGGGGGACCCCGCGGCCUCCCUAGAGGACAACUUGGCCAGGAUCCGCGAAAACCACGAGCGGGCUCUGAGGGAAGCCAAGGAGACCCUGCAGAAGCUGCCCGAGGAGAUCCAGAGAGACAUCCUGAUGGAGAAGGAGAAGGUGGCCCAGGACCAGCUGAGUAACAGGGCGGGGUUCAGAAGGCUACCCCCCGUGUACUUAGCACCCCAGAAUACAAUCGGGGCGAUUGACCGGGAACCCGCCGACGCCGCCAUCCGCGAGAAAAGGGAAAAGAUCAAAGAGAUGAUGAAACAUGCUUGGAAAAAUUAUAAACGUUAUGCCUGGGGUAAAAACGAACUGAAGCCUGUGUCAAAAGGAGGCCAUUCAAGCAGUUUGUUUGGUAGUAUCCAAGGAGCAACAAUAGUAGAUGCCCUGGAUACACUUUUUAUUAUGAAUAUGAAAGAUGAAUUUGAAGAGGCUCAAGCAUGGGUUGAAGAAAAUCUAAAUUUUAAUGUGAAUGCUGAAGUUUCUGUUUUUGAAGUAAAUAUACGCUUUGUUGGUGGACUAAUCUCAGCCUACUAUCUGUCUGGAGCAGAGAUAUUUCGAAAGAAAGCAGUGGAACUUGGGGUAAAAUUGCUACCUGCAUUUCAAACACCCUCUGGAAUACCUUGGGCAUUGCUGAAUAUAAAAAGUGGGAUUGGAAGGAACUGGCCCUGGGCCUCAGGAGGGAGCAGUAUUUUGGCAGAAUUUGGAACUCUGCACUUGGAGUUUAUGCACUUGAGCUACUUAUCAGGAAACCCCAUCUUUGCUGAUAAGGUAAUGAAUAUUCGAACAGUUCUGAACAACCUGGAAAAACCAGAAGGACUUUACCCUAACUAUCUGAAUCCCAAUAGUGGACAGUGGGCUCAAUAUCAUGUAUCAGUUGGAGGACUUGGAGACAGUUUUUAUGAAUAUUUGCUAAAGGCAUGGUUAAUGUCUGACAAGACAGAUCUCCAGGCUAAGAAAAUGUAUUUUGAUGCUAUUAAGGCUAUCGAGACUCACUUGAUCCGGAAGUCCCGUAACGGCCUGACUUACAUCGCAGAGUGGAAAGGGGGCCUCCUGGAACACAAGAUGGGCCACCUGACCUGCUUUGCUGGAGGCAUGUUUGCACUCGGGGCAGACGACGCUCCUGAAGGAAUGACCCAACACUACCUUCAGCUCGGGGCUGAAAUUGCUCGGACCUGUCACGAAUCUUACAAUCGCACCUUUGUGAAACUGGGACCAGAAGCUUUCAGAUUCGAUGGUGGUGUUGAAGCCAUUGCUACGAGGCAAAAUGAGAAAUACUACAUCUUACGGCCAGAAGUUGUUGAGACUUACAUGUACAUGUGGCGACUGACUCAUGAUCCAAAGUACAGGAAGUGGGCCUGGGAAGCUGUGGAGGCCCUGGAGAAACACUGCAGAGUGAAGGGAGGCUAUUCCGGCCUCAGGGAUGUUUACUUCAGCAAGGAGAGCUAUGAUGAUGUGCAACAGAGCUUCUUCCUGGCAGAGACACUAAAAUAUUUGUACUUAAUAUUUUCUGAUGACGAUCUACUUCCUCUGGAACAUUGGAUCUUCAACACCGAGGCACAUCUUCUCCCUGUACUCUCUAGGAAUUUAAAGAAAGUUGAAGACGAUGGGAAAUAAAACGACAUUUUAUAUUUUACUCUCCUCCACUCCUUUCACUGCAUACCUUAAUAAUUCUUUUUCUGGUGAUCAGGCACAUGAUGAAUUUUCAUUAAUAGAUCUGUGAUUAUUCUAAGUUUUAAAAUUGUUUUGCAGUCUUAUAUGCUUAUUAUCUUACAUAUAGAUGGACCUAUAUUACUUACUGUAUCCUUUAUUAUUCAGCCAGUGAAUCACAGGUUUUUUGUUGUUGUUGCUUUUAAGUCAUCUGUUAUCUCUAAAGUUUAUGAAGAUGUAGUAUCAUUUUUAGUAAACUGAAUAGAAUGGUAUACCUAUGAUCUCUUAAUUACAAUUUUGAUUUGACUGCAAAACUUUUUCCUCCUCUAUGAGGAGAUGAUGUCUGCUUUAAGCUGUAAUGUUUUGCCAUGUUGCAAAAAGCCAUAAUAAUGAAUUAAAUAAUAAAAAAGCUUUUUUCCUUUUCAAUUUCAUGUUAAUCAGGUUUGUCUAUCCACCGGAGACAGAUCUUAUAACUGUGACAGUGUCCUUAUGCGGGUCUAUCAUUAUUUGAUAGAAUGUCUUCUAGAAUACUUUACUCACGUUGUAAUUCAAAUUAGAAUAUCAUCCCCAAAGGAUCAUCUCCUGUCGACCUCAUUUCAUCAGAUCCACAGUAUAUUUCUGUCAGUUAAUUAUAUUAGUGUUUCCUAAUUUGGGAAAUAGUUUUCAGAUUUUAUUUUAAAUGCCCUGUGUCAUCUCUGGAUCAUGUACUGGUUAAUUUCUUCCAUUCUCCACCGCACGACAAAGUGAGCUUUUCAGUUUUGCAGAGCUCUGCUAUUACCAAAUUAUAUUUUUUAAAGGGAAAUUGUAUAACUUUUAGUGUGUUAGCUUUUGCUUUUAUCUGAAUAUGUAAAGAAAUCGGGGCUCACUCUCUGGAGAGAGGGUAUUUCUCUCCGGUUUUUUUGUUUGCAUUUCAUCUUUAAUGUAUUUUUCUUGAAAAAAAGAAACUAUUACAUUUACUUAGGUUUUUCAGGUUUGAAAAGGGUCUUUUCCCAAACUUAGUAAAUUAUUCAUUUCAGUUUAUGAAAGCAGGAUUUAACUCAAAGAAUCUUUGGCAGUGUGUCUAUUCAUGGUCAAUUGAGGAAAAACCUAAUAAACUUUUAGACCAAAUUAGGAUAUAGUAUAUUUUGUCUGGUUAAGUUCAACGUAGCAAUCUCCGCUUAGAAGUAAUGCAUAGUAAUGGACACUCCCAAUCCUCUACAGUCCUGUAGCAGAUCAAAAUAAUUAUAAUUAAAUGAUUCUUCAAAACAUUUUUUGAGAUAUGAAUCAUUUUCCCAGAAAUAGAUUUGGUUAUCAUAUUGGUUCAUAUUUUAUAUAUGUUCCUAUGAAAGGGCUAAUAUGAUGAUGCAUGUACUAAGGUACAGAGAUUUUGACCAUCUGUACUUUUCAACUACAGCGGUCACAUAGAUCAGUGCAACCCCAUGGAUUAGGUUGAAGCAUAUGAAAUUAAGGCAUUUGUAGUUUAAAAAUUGCUCAAUAGCAGUGAUUCCAUAUGCUUCAGCCUAAUAAUUUUUAAGACAGUUAUUUUCUUAGAUCUCAAUAGAUUUAGUUGUUUUAGCUAUUUCAGCUUUUGAAAGCGUUUCAAAAGAUUUCCAUUGUCUGAAAGGCAUAUGACCUGCCCCUUUUUUCAAUAUUAUUCAUUGGUAUAUGACAAAAAAUAAAUCAGUAAAAUUAGUAAGUGGAAAAGAUCCUUUAGGACAUCAUGAUUGCUAUUUCCAAAACUUAAAGGCAAAGUAUAGAAGAUUCGCAUCAAAAUUGGGCCAUAUGUAUUUAGAUUAUAACUUUCAUAUGAAUGUCUUUGAACUAGCAAUUUAAAAUAAUUUAUUUUCUUUGCUUUUCAAUCUGAUUUGAAGGAGCACAAGCUGAUAGGUAUUUCUGCAGCAGAUAGGAUAUUAAAAUCAGGUUGUAUGAACACAUAGGACUGUACUAUGAUGUACCUUUUGCUUUCUGAUAUAAAUAGGCAAGAAGAUUGUACUACAUUUUGCUCAGCCAAUAGCAAGAACAAAGUUAUUUCAAUUCUAGAACUUGGAUAUUUUUAGCCUAGGACCCAAAAUACCAAUCAUGUAAGCAAAAUAAGAGAUUACUAUUAUGGUGAUGUAAUUUAAUUAAAGUUAUAUUUUGUGUUAAUUAUUUUAAACAACUGAAGUCCUUAGGUAGAGGCUGUCUUUUGUUCAUUUUCAGCAAAAACUAUACAAUUAUGUUUACAUAUGUUUUCACAUCCCAAAAGGUGAAUAAAUAAAAUAGCACUUAAUUUUGUUUCUGCACAUGUUCUGAUAUACAUUGUGUGAUUAAUAUUACACAUGUAAGUUACAUGGCCGUUUACAGAACUUCAGUGAUGUUUGUCAUGACACCUUCAUAUGUCCUAGUAGUUAUUCCCAUUGUUUUUGAUUUGUACUUAAAUCCACUGUGUCAUUUUCAACUUUAUAUAAAUCUCUAAUGUUAUGGGAAACAUAAUAGAUUGACACAUAAUUUUUAAAAACUAUAUUUGUAAAAUUUCUCUAUUGUAAAUAAAGUCUUUUGAUAUAUCUC